UUAUAAUUUAUUACAGACUAACUUAAUUUAUUACAGACUAACUUAUUACAGACCUUUAAUGCCAAAAUCACAACCCUCAGAAAGUAUCUUUUAUUUUGAAAUCAGGUAGUUUCCUGUGGGGGCUGGCUUUACCCAGUUUGAAGGCAGAAAAACAGACUCUCAUGAUUAAAAACAGCAACACAAAAGCAACAUGAAACCUGUGUAUCUAUUACUCCUCUGCUCUAAUGUGGUAUGUCUGGGUAAGAUCAUACUGAAACAUUCAUUGGUUAGUUUUGACACUGGUUCCUCUGGAAACCCAAACAUCUCUGAGUUUGUGGGUUUCCCAGUAAUUGAUGGCAUUCAGAUGGCUUACUACUGUGACAGCAGCAACAAGAUACUGGAACCAAGACAGGACUGGGCGAAGAAAAUAUUAGAUACCAACCCUCAGAUGUUGGAGUCGCUCACUGAUUAUUGUUUUGUGGAUCGGCCAAAUCUGUUCAGAUUAUGGAUUUCUAGUUUGAAGCAGCAGUUAAACCAAAACAGAGCUGUCCACAUUUUACAGAUGAUAGAAGGCUGUGAAUGGGAUGAAAACACCGGAGAGGUUACGGGACUUUUACAGUACGGAUACGAUGGAGAAGACUUUCUUAAAUUGGAUCUAAAGACGCUGACGUGGAUCGCACUGAAACCAGAGGCUGACAUUAUCAAACAGAGUUGGGAUGCUGACACAACCAGAAUGAAAGACCGUGAAAAAAUCCUCACUAAGAUUUGUCCAGAGUGGCUGAAGAUGUAUGUGGAGAGUGGCAACAGCUCUCUGCAGAGAACAGUUCUUCCCUCAGUUUCUCUCCUCCAGAAGACUCCCUCCUCUCCAGUCAGCUGCCACGCUACAGGUUUCUAUCCUAACACAGCCGUGAUGUUCUGGAGAAAAGAUGGAGAGGAGCUCCAUGAAGGUGUGGAUCCUGGAGAGAUCCUCCCAAACAAUGAUGGCACCUUCCAGAUGAGUGUUGAUCUGAAUGUUUCAUCAGUCACACCUGAAGACUGGGGAAGUUACGACUGUGUGUUUCAGCUCUCUGGUGGUGAGGACAUCCUUGUCACCAAACUCAAUAAAACUGUGAUCAGAACAAACUGGGGCAAAAAAAUAUUUAACACUGAUGAAGAGACGUCCUCUGACAUGCUGUUCAUCACCAUCGCUGCAGUCGUUGUUUUUGUUGUUCUCAUUCUCAUUGCUGCUGCUGGAUUUGCUGUUUGGAAAAAGAAGAAAGACAGACGGCCUACAUCUUCUCCUGACAAAGGAUCUGAGCUGUCAGAGCGACUAAAUCAACAAGGCUGACUGUCAUGUCUCCCUUCCCACCACAUCUCAAAAGGUUCUCUAUUAGACUGAGAGCCUGUCACUGCGGAGGGCAUUACAGACUCAUUAACUCAUGAACUUACUUUGUGACAUGUCGUGUUAUCCUGCUGGAAGGACAACAUGUUGACAGGCUGGUCAUAAAGGAAUGGACAUGGUGAGCAACAUAGUAGUUACGGAUAACAAUCAGGGACGCUGUGGGGUAAUAUAUCCUCCAUUGCCAACACCAUCAACCAGCAGCAGAACAUCAGUGUUAUUUGCGAUGUGCAUUUCUGGACUCUUUAAGUUUGGUAAACUUUAUGUUUGGUGGGGGUUUGUGAUUGGAUAAACUUGUUUCUCUUCUGUUUGUUUUCAGCCUAGCAUCCACAGUUUUCAAGAUCUCAUGUUCAAAUUUUGUGUGAUGGUAGACAGCAAUGACAGCUUAAGCUGAUGUAAUUUUGUAAAAACUGUCCAGAUCAAGGCCACGCCCUUCAGCAGGAGUUGUGCUCUCUGAGUGCUUCUGCACUUCAGGUGCCCUGGCUAACAUUUCUUCCCAAAAAACACUGAACAAACAGGAGGACUCGGAGAGCGCAGCACCCCACGGAUGGCAAGGGUUAUACUAAAACUUUACUGCUGUUGUUUGAUGUCUUCAUUACAACAUGCUGAAUUGUCUGAAAACUUUUUAUAAGCUGUAAAAACCUGAGAUUAUUCCCUUAUCCCCAGAUGAACAGAAUCAACUUUUGGAGAUUUACUUACCUGGAUGAUUGAGCAUGCAUCAAGAUGUAACUCUUCAUUGUUUUGUAAGCUUUAGAAGCAUUACAGUUUGUUUUGUGCACAUAGUCACGGCAGUUUUGAGCCUCAGUUUUGUAUUGUAUAACGGCCAUUGAGCUAACGGCAGGAGCUAGAAAUGUUGCUAUUAUUAUCCAUUUGGUGAGGAAACAUGUUCCGAUAUAUGUUUAGUAACCACUUUAGUAUUUUGGUUUAUUAUUUAGCUUUUCCUUCCACUCUGUGACAUUGAGCAGUACAGGAUGUGAAAUAUUUAUGUUCAUUUUCAUUGCAAUAAACAACUGCAUGAGAGAAGCAAGUCAAAAUCACUCCCGUGAUUCUUUCCCCCUGUUUUCAGGGAUAACAUGAACACGAUCCAUCAAAAUUGUGCGUAAUAUAAAGUUUUUACUGAUUUUCACAUAUGGUGUGACCAGACAGACAAACAGAACAGAUUACAUACUCCCUCCCUUCGGGGAGCAUCAAGGAAGUUGUUUCUAAGUACUAAAGAUGUAACACUAUAUUUAAGUUUAUACUUUUAUCUAGAUUAAUCCUUUUAAAAUAAUUACCAGUUUGCAAGAACCUGUGGGUCACUGUUGAAUUAUUGCCAUUUACAUAAAAUUAUGCAUGAAGUUAGAAAAUAUUUGCACCCUUUGUUUUUAGACCAGAGCAGUUCAACAUGGUGAAAUCGCACUCUUAUUAAUGCAGGAUGGCACUGAAUGUAACUUUACAAAGAAUCCAGUCAUAAUUAUACAAAGAAGAUAACAAGAGCUUCUGUUUUGACCACCAAGUGCCAAUUGAGUUGUAUUAUGAUGAUACACUAUAACACACAUGAUAAUGCAUGUUUGUGACUUCCAACCUUUUCAAAUAGCAAUGAGGACUUUUGUACACAAAUGCAUUCUUGAGUGAAUCGAAUCUAGCAAUGUUUGUCAAAUCAUUACUGCUUUUGAAACCUAACUUUCAGAUGAGUGUUGAUCUGAACUUUUGAACUUUGCAGUUAUUUAUUUGUAAAAAAUGUUUGGAAUCAUGUAUGAUUUUCGUUCCACUUCUCACGUGUACACCACUUUGUAUUGGUCUUUCAAUAAAAUUGAUUCAUGUUUGUGGCUGUAAUGUGACAAAAUGUGGAAAAGUUCAAGGGGGCCGAAUACUUUUGAAAGCCACUGUAUAUGAAUAACUGCUUAUUAUUUUACUGGAUCAUUAUUCUGACAAUGACAAGACUGAAGCUACCUUUCCUCUGAUAGGUAUAAUCUCACUGCCAAAUUUAACAUUUUCCUUAAAAAAAUAAACCCUCUGAAAAGCCAGAGGUGUGGAAACACACUGACAGCCUGUUUCCUCUGUUUGGACUUUCCUUAUGGCAGAGAUGUCGAUUUGUGUUGCCCUCUGGUGGUAACAUGGAAAAACACACACUGAGCCUGAGGAUUCACCGAAAUGAAAACUGUUGGUAUGCAUGCGUUUGUUACAGGUUUCAUUCAUCCUCACACAUUUAGUGUGUAUGUGUUUCUGUUCAUGACAUCUAUUUUCACCAGUUGAUUAUGUAUCAUAUUAGAACAAGAUAAGAUUUAAAAAUACAAUCAGGAAGUCAGUAAAAAAGAAGUAUAAGAAAUCCACACAGCAAGUUUAAAAUUUCAGUGUACCUAAACAUCAGAAAACAGUGACUCCAAAAGUCCAAAAGUGAAAAUUACACGUUUGAAGUAAAUUUCAAAAAAAUCUGUAGAUGUCGUUGUUCAAUAGAAAACAAAUGGAUGCUGUUUUAAAAAUGUAGCAAAGCUGGAAUAAAGCCAGAGGCAGCCGACGGAAACAUCCCCACUGAGUCAUUGUUCACAUGUGAAUGACUCAUUACAGAUGAAUGCUGACUCUUUAACCAUUUACAGUUUCCUUCUUCAAAGAUGACGGUGGGACGUAAACAGAUAUUAGAAGAUUGUGUUUGUGAUGUGUGAGUGGUGAUAAGAUGUCCAUAAAAAAGCUAAAAAGUAGAUAUAUAAUAUCCAAACACGACAUGUAAGUUUGACAAAUAAACUAUGAAAGUUGUUUAACAAGAAGUGUACACAGUUUGUAUCUCAGCAUCUAUUAAUUAUUGGCAUACAGGCUAUAGUGUCCA